ACAGACGGACAGGCGGGCGAACAGGAGGCUACUCCAUCGUGUCUGAGCGGCAGGUGGUCACUGACUGUGAAUGGGAAUAUAACCACAGAGGCUUUAGAGACACUGCUGGACAUGGACGGAGUAUAAUAACUUCUUGUGUCUUUUGAGGAAAGGGAAGAUUGCUAAAAAAGAAGAUACGUGUUUUUCUUUUUAUGCACGAGCCACGCGCCUCUGCGUGCUCUCCGUGUAGAGCCUCCUGACCCUUUUUAUUCAUAAUUUUGGCUGGGUGUCGUUGGGUUUUCAAGAAUGGCACUCACUAGAUUCAGUAAAAUUUUCCGUCUGCCUACUAUCGAAAUAAAAAAGAAAGCCAAGCAGUACGAGCACGUUCACCGGGACAUCAACCCAAACGACAUAUGGGAAAUAAUCGGCGAGUUGGGCGACGGCGCGUUCGGGAAGGUGUACAAGGCCAGGAACAAGGAGACGGGAGUUUUGGCUGCAGCCAAACAGAUUGAAACAAAAUCCGAGGAGGAGCUGGAGGACUACAUGGUUGAAAUCGACAUCCUGGCUAAAUGUGACCACCGCUACAUUGUCAAGCUGCUUGAUGCAUUUUACCAUGACAACACGUUGUGGAUCAUGAUCGAGUUCUGCCCUGGAGGUGCUGUGGAUGCCACGAUGUUAGAGCUGGAUCGUGGGCUGACAGAGCCGCAGAUUAAGGUGGUUUGUCGUCAGAUGUUGGAAGCCCUGGUUUACCUGCACAGAAUGAAGAUCAUCCACAGAGACCUGAAGGCCGGGAAUGUCCUCCUCAUGCUGGACGGGGACAUCAAACUCGCGGAUUUUGGAGUGUCUGCAAAAAACACCAAAACCUUACAAAGAAGAGAUUCUUUCAUUGGAACACCAUACUGGAUGGCCCCAGAGGUGGUGAUGUGUGAGACAAUGAAGGAUGCCCCAUACGACUACAAGGCUGACAUCUGGUCUCUGGGAAUCACUCUGAUUGAGCUUGCCCAGAUCGAACCUCCCCAUCAUGAACUUAACCCCAUGAGGGUGCUGCUGAAAAUUGCAAAGUCCGAGCCGCCCACCCUGGACUAUCCAAACAAAUGGUCACCAGAGUUUAAAGAUUUCCUGAAGAAAGCUUUGGAUAAAAACCCAGAGACCCGUCCAACUGCAGUACAGCUCAUGGAGCACCCUUUUGUGCGCUCUGUGACGUCCAAUCGCCCUCUGCGGGAGCUGGUGGCCGAGGCCAAGGCUGAGGUCAUGGAGGAAAUUGAGGACAAUAGAGAGGAAGGCGAGGAGGACGACGCCAUGGAGCUCACCGCGUCUCCAGGAAAGGAGCCAUGCCAGACCAGUCAGACCAGUUUGGAAGGUGACCAGUCCCCGGACACCCCAAGCCCGACCACAUCAUCCCCAAGCCCACCAAUACCUUCACCCAGAAAAAUGUCAGAGCCAGAGUCCCCAACAGAGGAACAGCCAGGCUCAGUCAUGGUGGUCCCUGUUCCCCUUCCACGGCAAAAUCCCCCACCUAAAGCUCAGGAGGAGAAUGAGGAUAAACUCACCGAUGAGGCAACCAUUGAGUCAGAGAAAUCUGAAAGCGAGGUGUCGACGAAGACUUCCAGCUCAGAUUCAGGGAUUGAGGAUGGAAAGAUUACCCCAACACCGGAGGUGGAAAAGGUUGCAGAGGAGACCACAGAGACAGAAAAGCCCUCAUCGCCUCCUCAGGAUGAGGCUUCUGAGGAACAGGUGGACAUCAUUAUUGACUCAUCGGAAUCAGAAGUACCAAAGAUCCAGAUGACACAGGAGGAGAACGAUGUCACAGUAAACGGAGGCAUACCAGCUUCAACAGCUUUAACUCCCACACCUACCACAGCUCCCUCAGUUACUCCCACACCGGUACCUACACCCCGAUCUGGGCUGAAUGGAAGCCUAAACAAGGGAACGCCAGAGCGGUCUUCGACAGGAGGAAACUCUGAGACUGUCUCACCAUAUAGCAAUGGAGGGGUCAUCACCAAACGGUCAUCUUAUUCUGGCAGCAUGGCGUCAGAGAGCAUGGACAUGUCAAUCAACAAGGAGAUCAUUGCAAUGUCUUCGAGGGACUUCUCCAGUAAGACUCUGAAGCGAACCAGGAAGUUUGUCAUUGAUGGUGUGGAGGUGAGUGUGACCACCUCCAAAAUCAUCAGGGACGAUGAGAAGAAGGACGAGGAGAUGAGAUUCCUGAGGCGUCAGGAGCUGCGUGAGCUCCGUCUGCUGCAGAAGGAGGAGCACCGUGCUCAGGCUGGUCUAAAUGCCAAACUGGAAACACAGAGAGAACAGAUGCACAGACGCUUUGAACAGGAGAUGCAUGCCAAGAAGAAACACUACGAUGUUGAGCUGGAGAACUUGGAGAAACACCAGAAGCAGACUAUUGAGAAGAUGGAGGCGGACCACAAUAUCAGACUCAAGGACGAGACCAAACGCAUCAAAGCAGAGCAGGAACGUGACCUUCAUAGAUUCCAGGAUCAGUUAAAACACAAGAAAAAGGAGGUGAAGCAGUCUGUCGAUAAGCUGCCUAGGAGUCAGCGUAAAGACACAUUAAAGCAGAAGAUGAAUUCUUUUCAAGAAAUGAAAGUAAAAGAGGAGAACAACUUCCUGGCUGCUCAGAAGAAUUACCUGGACACAACGCUGCAGAGUAUCAUCUCUAACAACAAGAAAGAAAUAGCAGAGAUGGAAAGGGAAUGCCUUAGCAAGAAACACCAACUUAUCAGAGAGCGUGAAGCGACGAUAUGGGACAUAGAGGAGAAGAACCUUUACGAGAGACAUCAGUUAAUGAAACAGCAGCUAAAAGAUCAGUACUUCCUCCAGAGGCAUCAGCUUGUCAAAAAACAUGAGAAGGAGCUGGAGCAGAUGCAGUGCUACAACCAUCGCAUGAUUGAGAUUUUAAAAUCUCGACAACAGCAGGAGAAGAGUCGACUGCCUAAGAUCCAGCGUGGUGAGGCAAAGACGCGCAUGGCCAUGUUCAAGAAGAGCCUCCGCAUCAACUCUACAGGCAGCUCCUCAGAGGACAGAGAGAAGAUUAAACAGUUCUCCCAGCAGGAGGAGAAGCGGCAGAAGGCCGAGCGGCUGCAUCAGCAGCAUAAACACGAGAACCAGAUGAGAGAGAUGGUUGGACGGUGUGAAAGCAACAUCAGAGAGCUGCAGCAUCUACAGAAUGAGAAGUGUCACCUGCUGAUUGAGAAUGAAACUCAGAGGCUCAAACAUUUGGAUGAACAGCACAACCAGCUGCUGAAGGACUGGAGGGAUCAGCUGAAACCCAGAAAGAAGGCCCUUGAAGAUGAUCUGAGUGCGAAGAAAAGGGAGCAGGAGGCUUUCUUUAGGAUGAGUCAGAAUUCGGAUUGUCCAAACCCAAGUUCACCCAACAAACUGUCCAAGUUUGUGCCUUACCAGGACUCCUCGACCACGUAAAAACAGCUGCUGUGAUGCCGUACAGUUUGUCCUGCCCACUGUUAGCAGCACCAUCAGCACAAACCUACAGGCUUCACACAACAGCCUGCUGCCUUAGUUUGAAUUUCUUUGCCUCUAAUAGCAGCACACUGUCCCUCCUUUAGAUCAUUUAUUGUUUUAGUGAAUAUUUAUGUUUUAACUCACGUUCUAAGGUUUUUCUUUGAAUAUUUGGAUAAUGCGCUUCACACCAGUUGGUCUCCAGUACAGUGUUUUGAUUUUCUUGAUCUGUUGAAGUCUUAUGGCUCGCCAUUGACACUUUGUACAGUGAGCUUAAGAUAUCAAACUAAUAAUUACUCUAUAUGAGGAAAUACUGACAGAGCUCUGCUUGGUUAGAACAAGGCAGUUUUUCUUCUCUGAACACCAGCGAGGGAAUCGAUUUCCACAUAAAGAAGAAGUUUGUUGGUUUCUCUUAAAGUUGUUUCUACAAAACCAAAGCACUUUUAAUCCAUCCUAAAUUAUCAGUGCCGUCUUCCAAUCAGCAUGACCAAAUAAAAUCAUACCUAAAAUGUCAAAUUUACCAACUUUCUUGCUAUUAUUGUAUGUGAUUUAGCAGCUGAAGUCUGCCUUUAUUUAUUUUUACUGAUAGAGAACAACCGUAUCCUGAUUUAUCACUGUAAAUGCUAAGUUAAAUAUUUUCUUUUUUUAAACCAAUGCCAAUGGUAUGAAGGAUGUGCUUUUAUUUUCUAUCUUAAUUGAAAAGGGGAGUAGGCUAGCUCUAGAUCAGACUUUAAGUUUCUUUUUAAUAAGUUCUUUGAUUUUUAACAGCAAAGGGAAUCUAAUAUUUACUUAUAGUGAUGCUUUUGUGUCUAUUUUUUCUUUUCUGUUGUUUUACUGUAAAAUCGGUCACACUGGAUGGGAACUGACAAAGCCAAAGCAAAAUACUGUUGUCCUCUGCAGGAUGUUAGAUAGGAGAUUAAAGUUUGAAUAUAAAGAAAUGUAUUAAAUGUAUAAAUGUUUUACCAAGUGCAGUAAACGCACUGCCUGCUAACCAAAGUGCAAUAUUCCAUGUAUGUCUUUGCUAAGCUUAAAGAGGUUUAUUUUUCGAACACUUUGCCUUCCUUUGCACUGCGAGGGGGAACCAUAAGAAGAGUUGAACCCAAAAAACAGAUGCAUGAACCUUUUGAAAAUACUUAAAUAUCCCAUCCUUAUUUUUUUUUAAAGAAGUAGUUUAGAGUGUCAGCUUUUAAAUGAUCUGUUUUUGGAAUGAAAACUUCAUGUAAUUUAAAAAUGGAAUGCAACAAUUCAGUCUGCUGUAAAAUGCCUUCAAACUCAAACAGAAACCAUAAGGUUACAGCUGUUGUUGCAUGCAAGGUGAGAGAUUAUUAGCGCAGUUUGGCCUGCAGAUUUAACUCGACCAGGCCAGAAAUCAGGUACACCUUAAUCUCUCUUGCUCUCCCUCCCACAAACUCUCUCAAAAGUAUUUAAAAUAGUUGUAAAAAAAACUCUUCUCUGUCCUGUUUAAUGGCUCAAUCUAUGCCUUCCUCUCUGCCUCAGUUUACAUGACAUUUGAAUGGAGGGAUUGUGAGUGUGAAUGGAACUGUAUCAGAAGGAACCACUGUUGUAAAUAAAUCUUAAUAAAG